AAAUACCAGACACCGCAACAACCUCUUUCUUAUCCACUUUACAUGGGAGUCAGUCGCGUCGUCAGCACCGCUGUCCGAGUAGAGCCCGCGUCGCCCACGCAGGCCGUUGAACAGCAGCUCGCGCCCGCUCCUCUGAUAAUUCUGGAUUGGGAUGACACUCUCCUGCCCAACACACACUUGUCCGAGCUGGGUUUCUUCUCCGAAGACGAGGCCUUCGAAGUCCCCGAGGAAUGCGUGCCUGUACUCGACGAGCUCGCUCAGGAGGUAGAAACCUUUCUCAACGCGUGUCUCAAGCUCGGCACGUGCUACAUUGUCACCAACGGCUUGGCUGGCUGGGUCGAGCGCUCGUGCGAGCGCUUCCUGCCCAACGUCAUGCCGUUACUGGAGCAGAUGACCAUCAUUUCGGCCCGCUCCAACUUUGAGUGUGUGUACCCAGACCGUCCCAUCGAGUGGAAGAUUGCAGUGUACCGUGACCUGCUAGCGAAGCGUGGCUUCAUGCAGAAACCGCCCGUGGAGACCCACGGCGUGUACGUUCAGCAACUGCAGCGAGAACCGCAGCAGGUAAUCGCUCUUGGUGACUCGCAGGUAGACCGCUGUGCCAUCCAGUAUGUGGCGCGACGCACGCCCAAUACCCAGCUGAAGUCAAUUAAGCUGCUCGACAACCCGAGCAUGACGCAGCUGCAGAAGCAGCUGAAUUUGCUCGGCGUCUUCCUCGUACAACUCAGCGGCCAUGACGAAACGUUGGACUUGGAGCUGUCCAACGAGAUGCUGCAGUGAUCAACAAGCGAACACUCUUGCGUGCAAGUCAAGCCAGUUAGCAACGCUAUCCAUAUCUAUAUAUCUAAAGGAUCCACAAAAGUCGAUAGUUUGGAAAAGUCGAGCAGCAAUGUAGUAGUCCAUUUAUUCUUUUGGAACGUAGAAAACAAACAACGUAGAAUACAAUCGCAAUAUUUAUCCCGUGCC